AUACAAAAUAUUUGUCUGCAUUCUGCCUAAACCAAUAUCAUCAUAAACAGCAAUUAUUAACUAUUAAACGUUAUAAAAACUUAUGGAAUUAUUCAAUUAAAAGUAAAAUGCCUAUUAAAGUAGCUUUAAUCGAUUUAAGUGGUACCCUACAUGUAGAAGAUCAACCAACACCAGAUGCUGUUAAUGCCCUUCAAAGAUUGCGUGAUUCUGGUGUGAUGAUUAAAUUUGUCACCAACACCACUAAAGAAUCGCGACAAACUUUAUUAAAACGUUUGCAAUCGAUUGGCUUUCAAGUGGAUAAAGAUGAAAUACACAGUUCCUUAAGUGCGGCGGUAGAAUAUAUCAAAAGAGAAAAACUCAAUCCCUUUUAUUUGGUAAGCAAAGAUGCACGUUCGGAUUUUCCAGCAAAUGAUGAAGGAAAACCUUAUGAUUCAGUGGCCAUAGGUUUGGCACCCGAUGAAUUUUAUUAUGAAAAUCUUAAUAAAGCUUUUAAUAUAUUAUUGGCCAACAAGGAUCAUAAGCUAAUUGCCAUACACGAAGGAAAAUACUAUAAACGUAAAGAUGGUUUGGCUUUAGGUCCGGGCUGUUUUGUCAAAGGUCUGGAAUAUGCUACUGGUACUAAGUCCAUUUUAAUUGGUAAACCAAAUGAGUAUUUCUUUAAAAGUGCCUUAUCGGAUGAUAUUAAUGUGGAGGAAUGUGUUAUGAUUGGUGAUGAUACUAAAGAUGAUAUUGUUGGUGCUAUGAAAGUUGGCCUUAAAGGAUUACAGGUUAAAACUGGUAAAUAUUUACCCGAUGUAGUGGCCGAUCCACCACCUACCGCCUUGGUAGAAAAUUUUUCAGAAGCUGUUGAUUGGAUUUUGAAAAAUAAAUAAGUUUGUUAAACGACUGAUCAAUUAAAAGAACUAUUUAUUUAUGUUGCUGA